CCGCACUGGAAGCGUUCGUAAAAAUGAAAAAUAAAAACACCAAAAACUAUAUAUACGGUAUCAUAACGAAGACCAACUGUAUGUCGAUACGUGGAAUUCUGCAGGGACGUCGGACGGCGUGGCGCGGUGAUGGAUCUGGGAUGAUGCUUACCACAUCUAAACUACCACAGCUUGGCCUGGUAGUAACAAGUUGGCUUGGAGGACUCUUCACUUGUUUGUUGUUUUUACAGUAUAACUCACCAAAAUGCGCACCUGAAUACGUUCCCCCGUUCCAGCCCGAAAUUUACAAGAGCGUAAACUUCUCGAAACCCAUUUCGACCAAAUCUGGUCAGACCGGGGAGGAAAAACCCAUCCUGCUGCUGUGGUUCUGGCCUGAAAACUACAGGUGGAACUUUCAAGACUGUAAGACCAUAUACAACAUCGACGGCUGCCAUUUGACCGAUGACAGAAACCUUUACAACCAAGCGGACGCGGUCCUCAUUUUCCACAAAGCUAUCCAACAUGAUCUCUCCAACCUUCCGCCGUCUCCCCGGCCACCGUUUCAAAAAUGGAUCUGGCUCCAUGUAGAAUCGCCGACCAACACGCCAAGGAUCCCAGGCGUGGAGAACCUUUUUAACCUCACGCUGAGCUACAGACGGGAUGCGGACAUUUCUGUGAGAUAUCCACUCACCGUCAGCAAAAAACCAAACGAGGACUUUGUGAUCCCGAAGAAGGACAAACUCCUCUGCUGGUUCGUGUCCAACCUUGCCCCUAGUACCGGAAUAGGGACCAGGAUGAGCUACUACAACGAGUUAAAGAAGUACAUCACUGUGAGCAUUUUUGGAAGCAUGACUGGAACGCGCAUGAGAGAUGAAGACUACUUCCCCACCAUGUCUAGCUGUAAGUUCUACCUUUCUUUCGAGAACUCCAUCCACAAGGACUACAUCACAGAGAAAUUAAACGGUCCUCUUGCAGCCGGGACCGUCCCUGUCGUCUUGGGGCCGCCGAGACAAAAUUAUGAAGACUUUGCUCCGGGUAACUCCUUCAUUCACAUUAACGACUUCCCUAACGCCGAAGCGCUGGCUAAUUAUCUGCUCAAGCUGGACAAAGACGAUGAAGCUUACAGACGCUACUUCGAUUGGAGAAAACACGUGAGAGCGACUCCGCAUCUGACCCUUUGGAAUCAAGAGUUCAUCUCAUAUAUCUGUCACGCCUGUGAAUACAUUGGAAGGCACAGAGAGUACAAAGCUGCACAUGACAUCUACAAGUGGUGGUUUUCAUAAGGAAGAACUUGAACUUAGAUUUCUUUGCAAGUUGAUAAUGAUUCCUGAACCCUUUCUCUAUCACUAUUGUAAUGUUUACCUGAAUAAUCUCAGUACUGGACAGUAUUCUGAUUGGAUUAAAGAUGUGGAAAUGUAAUGGGGUUUAGUCAUGUACCAUGUCUGGAAAGAUGACCUUCUGUAAAAUGAGCAGUACAGUAGUCCAAACCCCAGUUUAGGUAUAGGUUAUAAUCCCAUCUGAAAGGAAAUGUUCAACUUAUAACCUGCACUGAAACAGGCUUCAAUACUCUCAAGGAAGUAUUCACCACAAGAAAACUGAAACCAAGUCACACUUCCGGUGGAUUCAGGUUUUGAGUUCCUAGCACAGGCACCAACUUGUGGUAGAAAUGAACACACACCGUUCUCUGAAAUGCUUUUGUUAGUGUGACAGUACGUCCUCUUUUUCCGCAGACACGUCCCCUUUUUCAGUCCUUAAAAAAGCAUCUAAAUUUGAGAAACUGUCCGGGAUUCGGCCUUUAGCUUCAUUGUGACGUGCUCACGGUCUAAUAAUAGUGCAACGUCUAUAGCGUGUGUUUGCGUUGCUUUAACCCCUCUCUGUAAUUCCCGCCUUCUCACACACCGAUUGGUCCGAUUAUAAAAAGCUUGCAGCACCUUUUGGUCAAAUUCCUACCUCUCAACCGUUAGCCUACUCUCAGCGAAUGCACAAAGAUGAAGCGCUGUUGUGUACGCCAUCAAACAGGUGCUUGACAAUAGCAGCAAAUGAAAGCUGUCCUGAGUCGAACAGUACUAUAUUUGCACUUAUGGGAAUUAAUUGAGCCAACCCUGCGUUUCCAGGCAGGUUCAUCACAUCCUCACUCGUUUUCUACUUAAUCCUUUCCAUCGCAUCAGCGUGUGUUUACACUUGCAUUUACUGAAAUGAAUAAUUUAUUAAAAACUAAAAAUGAACUUACCUGA